UUUUAGCUGGUAAUAUUCAUCUUUUGAUUUUGUUAAUUAUUUUAUCUUCAAUUAAGUGUGUUAAACUCUUAAGUCUUAUCAUUUUUGUUAUCCUUUGUCUCAGGUAAAUUGCUUGAAUCAAAAAGACAACACUUGUAUUGGACUCCAUGUGCAGCACAUUGUAUUGAUUUAAUGUUGGAAGAUAUUGGAAAGAUCUUAGAAAUCAAGAAAACCUUAGAAAGGGCAAUUUUUGUUGUUGGAUUUCUUUAUAAUCACAUUGGGGCUUUGAAUAUGAUGAGAGAAUUUACAGGGAAUAAAGAAUUAGUGAGACAUGGUGUUACCCGAUUUGCUACUUCAUUCUUGACAUUACAGAGCGUGCAUCGUCAAAAACAUACUCUGAGAAAUAUGUUUACCUCUGAGAAAUGGGUGACAAGCAAAUGGGCAAAAGAAGCAAAAGGCAAGAGGGCUGCUGAUAUCAUCUUAAUGCCAUCCUUUUGGAAUCAUAUAGUUUAUAUAUUAAAGGUAAUGGGCCCUCUUGUUCGAGUCCUUCGAUUGGUGGAUAAUGAAAAUAAGCCUGCAAUGGGAUAUAUUUAUAAGGCUAUGGAUAGAGCAAAGGAGACGAUUAAAAGAUCUUUUAAUAAAAAUGAAGAAAAAUAUGAGAAAAUUUUUACAAUCAUUGACGAAAGAUGGAAUUGUCAACUUCAUCGUCCCUUACAUGCAGCAGGAUAUUAUUUGAACCCUGAAUUCUUUUAUAAGAUUAAAUCUGUUGGAUUUGAUGCAGAAGUUUUGGGUGGGUUAUAUCAGUGUGUUGCAAGAUUAGUUCCCAGCAUUGAGGUUCAAGAUAAGAUUAUUCAUGAAUUAUCUUUAUAUAAAAAUGCUGAAGGUCUUUUUGGAAUUCCAAUUGCCGUUCGAUCCAAGACAACUACCUCUCCAGCUGAAUGGUGGAGUCUAUUUGGAAAUUCCACCCCGAACUUACAGAAAUUUGCUGUCAAAGUACUUAGUUUGACAUGUAGUGCUUCGGGUUGUGAGCGAAACUGGAGUGUCUUUGAGCAUAUUCACUCGAAGAGAAGAAAUCGGUUAGAACAUCAACGAUUGCACGAUCUUGUUUACAUAAAGUAUAAUCAAGCUUUGAAGACUCGUCAUGAUUUGAAAAAUAGAUUUGAUUCAAUCUCAUUGCAAGAUAUUGAUGAUUCAAAUGAGUGGUUAGUAGGAGAAAUGGGUGCUAACUUGCAAGAUGCUGAAGACGAGCUUGUAUUUGAAGAUGAUAGAUUGACGUGGGGAGAUGUGGCAAGAGCUUCAGGUGCUGGAGAAUUACAAACAUAUACAAGACAGAUGUCAAAGAGAAAAAUGAGUGCAAAAGCAUCAAGCUCGGCUCCUGCUAUUGUUGAAGACAUAGAGAAUGAAACAUAUCUUGAUGAAGAGGAAGGAAUCGAAGAACAAGAGGAAGAAGACGAAUUCAAUGAAGAUGAUUUGUGUGAAAAUGACGAUAAUAUUGAUUAUGAUGAAUGACUUUGAUGUAAAAUGUUAAUGUUUUGAAUUUUGAAA